AUGGCUGGCAAAUCCGAUGACGAAAAAGAUGAUUUUGUUACAAUCGGAACUCCUCUUCCGCAAUAUAAUGAAGAUGAGCACAUAUCAAGAAAACCUAUAGCGGUGCAUGAACAGGUGGUAAGAGAUGCUCAAGGAAGAAUUCGGUUUCACGGCGCUUUCACCGGCGGCUUCUCUGCUGGGUACUUCAACACUGUGGAUACUAAAGAAGGUUGGGCCCCAAAGACAUUCAAGUCAUCAAAAUUUGAGAGGAGCAGGCAGGAGAAUGUCCAGAAACCUGAAGACUUCAUGGACGAGGAGGACUUUGGAGAAUUUGGCAUAGCUCCAAAGAAAUUAGCUACGAAGGAUAAAUACAAAACUUGCAGAGAGGAAGUGAGGUCACAAAACCAGAUGACAGCCACUGAGCAAGCUGAUGCCUUCUCUCUCUUCACUAGUUCUCACUUGGUUCAUUGUCUCAAACCUACCAGGGCAACGAUAGGAAUGAGGUUAUUGAGGAAAUUAGGAUGGAGGCAUGGCAGGGGUGUGGGAACGAAGGCAAAAAGAUGGAAGAGGAUGAAUAAAACUUCAAAUCCAUCCAGUGUGGCAAAGCUUGCUUAUGGUUGUGAGCUGCCUCCAGAGCUGAUGAUGUUGCACAAGAAAGUGAAUGAUGACGAAGACGACGAUGAGGAUGGUGAUGGAAAUGAUGAUGACCAGUUAUCAGCAGAGGACAUCUGCCCCAUCAACUUCACCAUCAAAUGUGACCUGCAUGGUCUGGGCUAUCGGGGCAUCGAUGUCAACGACGCUCUCAUCACAAAGGAUAGGUUGAGGGAAGCUGCAAAGAGGAGUGACGGAGUGAUGAGGAGGAUGAAUAAAGGAAUAAAAGGACAGGCAUUUGGUGUUGGAGCACUGGAAGAUGAAGAUGAGGAUGUAUACAGUAUGGACAACCCAAUGAUCUAUGACACUAGUAUUCCGACAUCGUUGGAAGACGAUGUCCAUCAUGCUGCUGCUGUUGAUGAUGAUGAUGGUCAUGGAGAUUUCUACGUCAGCAAUUGCCGGCAUUUUUUAGAAACUUUUUCACUUUUGGAACUUCCAUUCAAGCAAGAACUACACGCCACACGCCACUUUUCUAUGCCCCACCAGCCAGAAUUAAAGUACUCUGCAUGA